AUGGUAACUAAAGGACUACGUGUGGCUCGAACGGUGUAUGCGGAUAUGGAGGUGGCUGCGCACCUCCACCUCAACCACAGUGUCAGUGUCCCUCACGAGGUGGAUAUCAGUGCGGUGCUUAUGGCUGCUACAGCUCGAGUUCGCGGAUCAAAGAGCUUCCAGCCUGUGCAUCUACGUUCACGAGCUUCAAGAGAACGCGAACGUGAAGAAGAGGAGCAGGAAGAACAAGAUAGAGAGAUCUUGAAAGAGAGGUAAUU